CAUAUCUUUAAAUUCAUAAUCCAUAAUUCCACAAUACCAGGCAUACAAAUCUACUCCCUCUCUUUUUUGGAAACAGAAGAUACACAGUGUGUGUCUGGCUUUUCUGCCAAUAAGAUGUUAAGGUCCAUGCGGUCAAGGACUGUCUUUGACCAGUCCUUGUACACCUUACGGUGACUGGCAUAGCCUGGACACAGAGUUGAGGCUCAUAUUGCCACAGUGUGUCAUAUUUAAUGAAUCUGUCCAUUUUGUUUGCUUUUCUAGAUGGUCAAGGUGAAGCAGAAGCACCACAGGAGGGCCUUUCUCACCAGGAAGGCCUGGGAGGAGAUCUGAUUUCUGACAAUGCUUCCACCUCUCCUGUCCCCUCAGCUCCUCCAAAGAGAAGAUCAAAACUGUUGACUAAGAUCCACGAUGGGGAGGUCAGAUCCCAAAAUUACCAAAUUGCCAUAAACAUCACUGAGGCCCGCCAGCUGGUGGGUGAGAACAUCGACCCAGUUGUGAUCAUUGAAAUUGGGGAUGAGAAGAAGCAAAGCACAGUGAAGGAAGGAACCAACAACCCAUUUUACAAUGAAUACUUUGUCUUCGACUUCACUGGGCCCCAAUUGCAUCUUUUUGACAAGAUCAUCAAAAUCUCAGUCUUUCACCACAAGCUGAUAGGAGGCGUACUGAUUGGCUCCUUCAAAGUGGACCUGGGGACCGUGUACAACCAACCUGGUCAUCAGUUCUCCGACAAGUGGGCCCUGCUAAUGGACCCCGGCAACAUCAGGACUGGCACGAAGGGGUACCUGAAGUGUGACAUCAGCGUGACUGGGAAAGGAGAUGUCUUAACGCGCAAUCCCAAAACCUCUGAUGCCAAGGAGCAAAUAGAAAAGAACCUUUUGAUCCCACAAGGGUUUCCAUCAGAGAGACCCUGGGCCAGAUUCUACGUGAGGCUCUACAGAGCUGAAGGGCUGCCCAAAAUGAACUCCAGCAUCAUGGCGAACAUCACCAAAGCCUUUGUGAGAGACAGUAAGGACCUCGUGGAUCCCUUCGUGGAGGUCUCCUUUGCUGGACAGACGGGGCGAACCACGGUGCAGAAGAACUGCGCCGAUCCUGUGUGGCACGAACAGGUGGUCUUCAAGGAAAUGUUCCCUCCCUUGUGUCGAAGGGUGAAAAUCCAGGUAUGGGAUGAAGGCAGCGUGAGUGAUACAGUGCUGGCAACGCAUUUCAUCGACCUGAAGAAAAUCUCCAAUGAACAGGAUGGAGAUAAAGGCUUUCUACCCACAUUCGGACCUGCCUGGAUUAACCUGUAUGGCUCACCCAGGAACCAAAGUCUGAUGGAAGACUACCAGGAACUGAAUGAAGGUUUCAGAGAAGGCGUGUCGUUCAGGGGCAGAAUUUUGGUGGAGAUUGCUGUGGAGAUCCUCUCGGGAGGGACACAGGAGUUUAAAUUCUCCAAGGCUCUCAAGGAGCUCAAGCUGUCUUCAAAGGACAAAGACUCCAAAUCUUCCAAAGGCUCAAGUAAAGACAAGGGUGACGAAACUGAUGGAAAAGCCCAGCAGGCUUCAGACAAAACCAACUCAACAGAGGUCGAGGUGGAGCCUUUCGAUGCGCCCCUGGAGAUUGUACCAGAAAAACAAGAGGAAUUUUUACUGUUUGGAGCGUUUUUUGAAGCUACCAUGAUUGACCGGAGGAUUGGAGAUAAACCCAUUAGCUUUGAAGUUUCUAUUGGUAACUUUGGGAACUUGAUUGAUGGGGGAUCGCAUCAUGGGAAUAGGAAGAACUCAGUUGACCCAGCUGAAGAAGAUGCCCUUCCACUGCUGCAUGAAGGAGAAGGGGACGCAGCCAUGCCCAUGGUCUCCACCACUCAUCCCGAGAAGCCACUCGUGACAGAAGGGAACAGGAAUUACAACUAUUUGCCAUUCGAGGCCAAGAAGCCCUGUGUCUAUUUCAUCAGUUCUUGGGGAGACCAGACGUUUAGGCUGCAUUGGUCCAACAUGCUGGAGAAAAUGGCGGACCUCCUGGAUGAAGGUAUAGAGGAAGUGAAAGAACUGAUUAAGAUUUCAGAGGAAGCCCCGGAAGAGAAAAUGAAGAUGUUGCUCACUGACUUCGUCAGUCAAAGCAGUGCGUUUAUCUCUGAAGUGGAAAAGAAACCCAAGAUGUUGAACCAAACCAAUUUAGAUAAGAAACGACUUACGCUCUGUUGGCAGGAGCUGGAGGCCAUAGCCAAGGAGGCCAAGGGGCUCACUCAGCAGCAGAAGAAAAAGUUAUCUCUUGAUGAAAUGAUCCAGGCGGCCCAAAACUUUGUGGAAAAAAUCCGCUUUCUUGUGGAUGAGCCACAGCACACCAUCCCUGACAUCCUCAUCUGGAUGCUGAGCAACAGCAGGAGGGUGGCAUAUGCCCGCAUCGCCGCCAAGGACUUGCUCUAUUCCCCCAUCAGGAAGCAGAUGGGUCAACACUGCGGGAAGAUCAAAACUCACUUCCUCAAACUUCCUGGAAAACAGCCGGCUGGUUGGUCGAUGCAAGCAAAAAUUGACGUGUACAUGUGGCUGGGCUCCACCAGACACUCUAGUGCCAUUUUGAACAACUUACCAGCAGGCUAUGAAGCAGAAAUGUCCUCCGAAGGGGCUGGCAUCAGUAAACCCCCAGCUAACCUGCUCUACCAAGACCGGCAUGUCUUCCAGCUGAGAGCUCACAUGUACCAAGCCCGGGGCCUCAUCGCAGCCGACAGCAACGGACUUUCAGACCCUUUUGCCAAGGUCACAUUCCUUUCCCACUGCCAGACCACGAAGGUCAUUUCCCAGACCCUCUCCCCCACCUGGAACCAGAUGCUGCUGUUCAAUGACCUGGUGCUGCACGGAGACCCAAAGGAACUGGCAGGAUCCCCGCCGUCAGUGGUGGUGGAGCUGUAUGACAGUGACGCGGUGGGGAAGCCAGAAUAUUUGGGUGCCACCGUGGCUGCUCCUGUUGUGAAGCUCGCUGACCAGCACUAUGAACCCCCCAGGCUGUGUUACCACCCCAUCUUUUGUGGGAACCUUUCUGGAGGGGACCUCCUUGCUGUAUUUGAACUGCUGCAGGUCCCUGCGUCUGGGCUGCAAGGGCUCCCUCCCCUCGACCCACCCGAUGUCACCCAGAUCUACCCUGUUCCUGCCAGCAUCCGGCCAGUGCUGAGUAAAUACCAAGUGGAGGUUCUCUUCUGGGGAGUCCGGGAAAUGAAGAAGGUGCAGCUCCUCUCGGUGGAUCGUCCCCAGGUCCUCAUCGAGUGUGGCGGGCAUGGAGUCAAGUCCUGUGUGAUCCAGAGCUACCAGAACAACCCAAACUUCAGCGUCCAGGCAGAUGCUUUCGAAGUGGAGCUGCCUGAGAAUGAGCUGCUGCACCCACCCCUGAGCAUCUGCGUGGUGGACUGGAGAGCCUUUGGGAGGAGCACCCUCGUGGGCACCUACACCAUCAACUGCUUGAAACAGUUUUUGUGUAAAUCCAGGGAGCCCCUUGCCCUCACCUCACAGGUGGAUGGAGCCCAAGUUGUGCAAGAUUCAUUAAUUUCCACUGAGCCUUCUGAGACCCCCAGCUCUGCUCAGCAGCUCCCAACAGAUCAAAUCUUUGUGGAUAUUGGGCCGCCUCCCACAGUGGUACCUGACUUGGCCCAGGUUCAGGCAGCCAGCCUGGUGGAUAUCCCUGACCCAUCCCCGAUGCUGGAGACGGAACACAAACCUGCAGCCCAGGAGCCACCAAAAGACAGAAAAGCUAAGGAUGCCAGGAGACCUUCUCGGAAGUCGACUAAAAGGAGAAAGAGGACCAUAGCGGAUGAAUCUGCUGAAAACGUCAUUGACUGGUGGUCGAAAUAUUAUACCUCCCUGAAGAAAGCACAGAAGGAAAAGGAGAGCAAUUCCAAGGAGCAAACAGGCAACACAGAGGCAAAACCAGACGAGGUAGUGGUAAAUAUAGAUGGCCCGAAGAAGAAGAAAGACAAAAUACUCAAGAAGAAACUCAAAGAAAAAGAAAUCCCCAACCUGGCUGUCUUGCAGAUAUACAAUGGGGAUCUGGAGAGUGAAUUCAACAAUUUUGAAGACUGGGUGAAAACCUUUGAGCUGCUCAGAGGCAAGUCUACGGAGGAUGACCAUGGCCUUGACAGAGACCGAGUCAUAGGAAAGUUUAAGGGCUCCUUCUGCAUCUACAAAAGCCCCGAGGAUUCCGGCAUCAAGGACAGCAAGCAGCUGAGAAUCCAGCAAGGGAUUCCAUCCAACCACCCCAUCAAAGUCCUGAUCAGGGUGUACAUUGUUGCGGCAUUUAAUCUUAGUCCAGCUGAUCCAGAUGGCAAAUCGGAUCCCUACAUUGUGGUCAAGCUUGGCAAAACUGAAAUCAAAGACCGGGACAAAUACAUCCCUAAACAACUGAACCCGGUAUUUGGAAGGUCAUUUGAGAUCCAGGCCACAUUCCCAAAGGAGUCCUUGCUCUCUGUGCUGAUCUAUGACCAUGACAUGAUCGGGAUGGAUGACCUCAUUGGUGAGACAAGGAUUGACCUGGAGAACCGCUUCUACAGCAAACACCGAGCCAUCUGUGGCUUGCAGAAUCAAUAUGAGAUAGAAGGAUACAAUGCCUGGAGAGACACGUCCAAACCCACCGAAAUCCUCACCAAGCUCUGCAAAGACAACAAGCUGGAUGGCCCCUACUUCUGCCCUGGGAAAAUACAGAUAGGAAACCAGGUCUUUUCUGGAAAAACAGUCUUCACCGAGGAGGACACAGAUGAGACGGUGGAGUCGUACGAGCACUUGGCCCUCAGCGUUUUACACUCUUGGGAGGAUAUCCCGGAGGUUGGGUGUAGGCUGGUUCCUGAGCACGUAGAAACUCGGCCACUGUACCACAGGGAUAAGCCAGGAAUGGAGCAGGGCCGCCUGCAGAUGUGGGUGGACAUGUUUCCCAAAGACAUGCCUCAGCCUGGACCUCCUGUUGACAUUUCGCCAAGGAAACCCAAAGGGUAUGAAUUGAGAGUGACCAUCUGGAACACAGAAGAUGUCAUUUUAGAGGAUGAGAAUAUCUUCACAGGACAAAAAUCAAGUGAUAUUUAUGUUAAAGGGUGGUUAAAGGGUUUGGAAGAUGACAAGCAGGAAACAGACGUGCAUUACAACUCUCUGACUGGAGAGGGGAACUUCAACUGGCGCUUUCUGUUUCCAUUUCAGUAUCUCCCAGCAGAGAAGCAAAUGGUCAUUACCAAGAGGGAGAACAUCUUUUCCUUAGAGAAGAUGGAGUGUAAGACGCCAGCUGUGUUGGUGCUUCAGGUUUGGGAUUUUGAAAGGCUGUCUUCAGAUGAUUUUCUGGGCUCCCUGGAGAUGAACCUCAAUAGUUUUCCCCGAGCAGUUAAGGCUGCCAAAGACUGUGAUCUCACCAAGUUUGAAAAUGCAAGUGAGGAGAGCAAGAUAUCCAUAUUCCAGCAAAAGCGUGUGCGGGGCUGGUGGCCUUUCACUAAAAGCAAAGAACUCACGGGCAAGGUUGAAGCUGAGUUCCACCUCGUUACGGCCGAAGAAGCUGAGAAAAAUCCUGUUGGAAAAGCCCGAAAGGAGCCAGAGCCCCUGGCCAAGCCCAACCGCCCAGACACCUCAUUCUCCUGGUUUGUGACCCCCUUCAAGUGCCUGUACCACCUCAUCUGGAGGAAUUACAAGAAGUACAUCAUCAUCGGUUUCAUUCUGAUCGUCCUCAUCAUCUUCCUGGCCCUCUUCAUCUAUACCUUGCCGGGAGCCAUCAGCCGAAGGAUCGUUGUGGGCUCGUCGUAGAGGGUCAUGGAGGACCCAGACCUUCCCUUUCUACUCCUCCUCCCUUCUUCCUCAUCUGUAAAUGUAUAAGAAUGUAUGCUCUGUGCAGGCACUGUGCCGGCUGCUAAGGGGAUAAACCCAGAGGGCCCAAGAGCCACUCCCUUUGUCUAAGGACAGAUCAGCUCUUCUUGGAGGAGAUGGGAGAGGAAUAGUCCUGCCCUACCCCAACCCUGCCACUACCUUUCCAAUUUAAAAGCCUUAAGUCAUGGUUUUGUCCAUGGGCAGGAUGAAAUAAUGGCUCCUUUACCCAUAGUAAUCAAUGGUGACCUCAAAUUGACUUAGGAAAAUAUUUUCUAGAGCCUAAGUAAGGAAUGUGUUUCAUGGAUGAGGUUUAGGAAAAAGCACAACAUACAUCUAUGGUGACGUUGAAAAGGAAAAGAACAGCAUUACUUUAGGACAGAUUUGGAAGGAAGGUAUUAUACUUUCUUCUGGAUUCUGGACAGUAAAACGACAAGUCAGGUCAACAAAACAAUGCACAUUGUUCAAAUCCACAAUAAAUACAAGCUAAACAUUGAAAACUCUUCUAAGUUAAAUAGAGCUCAUCAAAUUUACUUUUAUGUCAAAAGAUGCUGGAAUGCUGAAAAGCCUUUUAGCAAAAGUAUUUGAAACACUUUCAGAUCAGAUGGUAUCAUAAGAAAUGUGCCAGAAGAAGGGGUAAGCAGGCAUAAUUUAGGAAUCAGCUCUGUCUGGUGUUCUACACAUAGGUUAUCGCUCAUGGCCUGUCCUGUGUAUAAAAAAAUAAAUUAAAAUAAUGUUCUAGGCCUAAUUGUGCAGCCCUGACCCUAAAGAUACUAUGCUUAAGAAUUAAAAAGAUUUUGAAGCAGAAAACCCAUUUCCCAAGAAGUUGUCAUGAGUCCCUACUUGUGUUCUUAAAUGGGAUUAAUUUAAAUCUAUUCAUUUGACGGAUUAGAGUUGUUCUUGCUGCUUAAAUUUGGUUCAGAGUGGUUUUGUUUUGUUUUGUUCUUUUAACAACAUUUGAAUCUUUCCUCCCAAACCAACUAAGCAAAACAUAAUUAAUACCAGCAACAACACCAAGCAACUCACAGGAUAUGUUAUCCAAUUCUGUGUCUCCAGUAGUUGAAACCAUUGGUGCCUUUCUUGCUCUUUUCCCUCAAAAAUACACAUAAAUGGAAAUUGGGAUUGACUUCACAGCUGGGGAAUUUAUUCAUUCAACAGCUAAUUAUUGAGUUCCAUCCUUGUUCCAACUGCUGUGAUUAACUCUAGGGUCUCAAAAGUACACAGUCAGAUAAACUAAAUCUUUGCUCUAAAGGAGCAUAGGGUUUGAUAGACAGAAGAUAUUAAUCAAAUAAUCAGACACAGAUAAAUACAGACUGAUGGAUCGAAUAGGGGCAAAGUACUGGGAGCAGAAAGACCAUCUAAGGGGGGACCCGUAGCCAGUCUGGCAGUCAGGAAGGCUUCCUAGGGAAGUAAUGACUGAAGGGAGAUAAAAGAUAAGGAAGAAAGAUGGAGAGGAAGAAGAGCACACUAGACAGAGGAAAAUAACAUGUUCAAAGGCCCUGAGGCGGGAGGGAGUGAGGCACAUGAAGUGGUCUAAAAGACGGUGGGUACCAAGUGAGAGGCAAAGGACCCUGAGAUGGGGCUGGAAAGUCAUCUAAGGGCCCACACGCUUAACGGCUUCAGUCUUCAUUUUAAGGGCAGUGGAUAGCAAAGGAUUUUUAAGCAGUAGAAAAGAAUGACUAGAUUUUUAUUCCCCAUGGAGAACAGACUGGAGGUACUGCAGUCCUUCCCACAAGAGAGGAUGAUUAUUUUCACUCAGUAAUUGUGGCAGAGGAGGGAAGAGGAGGGAUCAGAGAUGAUCUCUCUAAGGCUCCAGGGUGGUCUAAUGGGGAAUUGGGGGUCUAGUAUUGACUCUAUUUUAUACAAGCUGUGUGACCUAAGGCAGCUAACUUCACAUCUCUGAUCUAUACUUUCCUUGUCUAUCACAUAAGGAAGUUCAUAUAUACUAUGAUGAAAAGACCAUGGCAUAUUCUGCGGCAAAAUGAGCAUUGAUGGGUCUGUAGCAUGGAGUGGGAUGGACUGUACUCAGAGUCAGAUUAUGAAUGGCUUUGAAUGCCAAGCCAAGAAGGUUGGACUUUAUGCAGCAGAAAGUGGGGGCCCCUGGAAGAAUUUAAACAAAGAAGUGUCAAGAACCAGUCUAGAUAUUGGAGAAGUUGUUCUGCCUGCAGUGCAUGAUGGAUUGAUGAAGAUGAGAUCCAGAGGCCGGGGACAUUUUAGGAAGCAGUAGUCAAAACCCUGGUGGGAGAUGAGGACCUGUGUCAGGGCCACAGCCAUGGAGAUGGAGAGGAAGAGCAGAUUCUGGAACAUUGGUGAGGUUCCUCAACCUUCACCCCCAUCCCUGGCACCCAAGAUGCCUGCCAGAGAGGACAGGGAAAUUUGAAUCCUGGCUGUGUCAUUUCUACUUGGGCAGGUCACAAUCACUGAGUCUUCAUUUUUUCAUCUGAAAAAAAGGAAUUAUGACCUACUUGGCAAGAGUCGUGUAGAUUGUAGAAAAAGUAUGUAAAAUGUGUAGCUUGUGCUUGGCAUGAAGCCAGUCCUCAAAGGAUAGUAGCUACUGUCAUAAGUAUCAUUUCUACAGGUGGAAUCAGCAGUAUGUGGAGUCUAGUUGUAUCUAGAAGUGAGAGACCUAUGUUUUAGAAAUGUUCUGGCACAUGGACUAAGAAACUUUCAACCAAUAAUACUCCCAAGUGUAUUUAUUUUGUAUUGAUUCUGUAACAGACUACAACGAGCCCAGUGGAUUAAAACAACACAAAUUUAUCAUACAGUUCUGUAGGUCAGAUGUUCAUCAUGGACCUCACUGAGCUAAAAUCCAAGAUAUCAUCAGACCUACCUUCCCUCCUGGAAGCCCUAGGGGAGGAUCUGGUUUUUUGCCUUUUCCAGUUUCUAGAGGCUGCCUGCAUUCCUUGGCUUGUGGCCCCUUCCUCCAUCUUCAAAGCCAGCAAGUUUAUAUACCUCUGUGCCUUUCUUUUGUAGUCAUACCUCUCUCUGACUAUAGCCAGAAAUGUUCUGGCUUUUAUGGACCCAAGUGAGUACAUUGGACCCACCCAGAUAAUCCAGGAUAAUCUCCCUACCUCAAGGUCCUUAACUAUCGCAUCGGCAAAGACCCUACUGCCAUGUAAAGUAACAUAUGCACAGGUUCUAGGGAUUAGUACAUGGAGUUUUUUAGCAGAGGGAAGCAUUAUUCUGUCUACUGCAUCGAAUAUCACCCCAGCAUUUAAAUUCAGCCCAACAUGAAAUCCACUUCAGCAGAGCUUUGGAAGUCGGUGGGAUGAUUAUGGUAUAUGAAGUAAGGAGGCUCCACAGACGCUUUUCUCUCUGGAACAAGAUGUUUCCAUUUGUUGUUCAGCCUCUCAAGCAACAAUUGACUCAGGAAAAAGAGGAAGGAUUGUUCAGUCCUUCCCUGACUCAUUAAAUCCUCUCAAGCACAAUGGAUGAGGUGUGUCGGGAGCUGGUUAUGAAAAGACCCUGCCACUUCCUCUCACAUUUCUGCCUCCGGAGUUUCCAAAUAAGCCUCUUAAAUUCAGCUUUCCUUUAACACAGCAGUGGUUCCUUCCAAUUCAGGAGAAAACCUGUGUCUCUCCUCUCCCUAGUUUAUAAAGGGCAAGCUGAGAAAAGAGGACUCUCUAUUUUUCACUGAAUUGUUGUACUAGUGGAAAGAAAAAUGGGCUUUGGAGACUGAGAUAAAAACACUGAAACUUGGGUGUAGACACUAGCUGUGUGACCUCGAGCAAGUUACUCAACAACUGUGAAUCCUGUCUUUCUGAUCUGUAAAAUGAAGCUAAUACCCAUCUUAUUAGGAUUGUCUGUGUUUGGGCGUUUGUGGUUGUGGGUAGUGGACCUCUACUGGGGAUAGAGGUAGAGGAUUAUAAAAUGUCUAAUAUACUGUCUUCUAUGUCAUAGUAUCCAAAUUAAUGAGAGAUUAUUAUUUAAGUAACAAAUAACUAAUGUUUGCUGUGUGCUGUUAUAGAUUACAAAGUAAUACAUGUAUCUUCUCACUGAUUUUCUCAACAGCCUCACAUUGUAGACAGGAAACAGCUGCAGGGACUUUCAAGCUCGCCCAGCUCAUUUGUAACAGAUCUAAGAUCCAAGCCCAGACUCCUCCCUCCUGCCGCACGCCCCGCCCCUGCCCUCCUGCUCUCUCCUUUAUAAGCGGCUGCCUAAUGAUUGAUUUAAAGCGGGUGGGGCCGCCUCCAGUCAGAAAAUUCCUCAGAGAUUUUUUAAGGGCCAUCCAUGUCCUAGGGGUUCAUCCAGGUCCCCUAAAACCUUUCAAGUAUCUUACACACAACAGUGUGGAUGCAUGUUUGAGCCUCUCUUUUUAAUUGAACCACUGCGUUUGAUGGUUAGAGAAUGUAGCUGGCAUCUCUCAUCCAUGCUGUCCCCAGAUCUUUUCAAUUUUCUUUUCUCAUUUUGCCACUUCUUACAGUAGAAAUUCCCCCACCCUAAUGCAGAAAACAACUUCUGGAGUGCAAACAUUUAACUGAGCUCUUUAUAAACCAGGCAUAGAACUCAUAGAACUUAGAUUUGGAAAUUAUGUGAAGAAACAGGCAGGGUGGAGGCACUCAACCAUCCCAGAAACUGCUAGCUACUUACCAAAUAUCUAUUUUCUCUUUCCUGCUUGGUAACAGAAGGUAAACAUUAAUACUUUACCAGAGAUGUGAUUUGCAAAUAUUUUCUCUCUGUGGCUUGCUUUUUUACUCUGUUGAUAGUGUCUUUUGACACACAAAUUUUU